CCCAUGCGUUGCACGCUACAUUGCGACAGUCGAAGAGAGCGAGCGAGCGAGCGGGACGAGACGUUUGUUUACCCUUUUGCCCUUCCCUAGUUCCCACCAUUUGUGUAGUUGCGUCUCCCCAGGCUUGCCCGUUCGAAUCAUUGCGCGCAUAUGAAGUCUGUCUCGAUAUUGCCCUCCUAGUCUCUCUACUACCCUUUACCGCCAUCCCCCCCUCCGCCCCUCCCCAGUGUGACAACCCCCCAUCACAAACCAAAAUAAUGGAGCCAAUCGCAAUCAUUGGACAUUCUUUCAGACUUCCCGAUGGAGUGGAAGAUGUGGAGAGCUUGUGGGAUAUGGUCGAACACGGCAGGAACGUGAUGAAAGAAUGGCCCAAGAGUAGGACAAAUGUCGAUACUUACUAUAAGCCCGGCUCGACUGUGAAGAACAAGCUCUAUUCGAGAGGCAGCUAUUUCCUAAACGGGGAUCCCGCUGCCUUUGAUGCUCCUUUCUUUUCCAUCACGGCCCAUGAGGCCGCUGCUAUGGAUCCGCAGCAACGAUGGCUCCUCGAAGCAUCCUACAGAGCCCUCGAAAAUGCCGGCAUUCCCAUCGAGAAGGUCGCUGGAACCAAUUGCGCCGUCUACGGCUCAUCCACCUCAGAAGACUACAUUAUGAUGACUGCCAAAGACCCAGAUAAUGCCGCCCAAAUGAACGCCACUGCCACAAGCCCUAGUAUCCAGCCAAACCGCAUCAGUUGGUAUUUUGACUUGCGAGGUCCCAGUUUACAUGUCAAUACUGCUUGUUCGUCGAGUAUGAUUACUGUUGAUCUUGCAUGCCAGAGUUUGAGGAGUGGACAGAGUUCAAUGGCGUUGUUGGCAUCUGCAAACAGUUUGCUGAGUCCAGAAUGGUCUCUGUACAUGUCUAACAUGAACUUCCUCUCGCCAGACAGCCGGUGUUACAGCUUCGAUCACCGCGCCAACGGCUAUGCGAGAUCAGAAGGUGUGGUAGUUCUCGUGCUGAAGAGGCUCUCGGAUGCUAUUCGAGAUGGUGACAUGAUUCGUGGUGUCAUUCGGGGAACUGGUACGAACCAGGACGGCCACACCCCGACCAUGCCUCAACCGAAUCAAUCUGCGCAAGAAACCCUUAUUCGUCAGGUGUACAAGAGCUGUAACUUGGGCUUCGAGAAGACGCGUUAUAUUGAGGCUCACGGCACUGGCACGCAGAUCGGAGACGUCACAGAAGCAACCGCGUUAGGUCGCGUGUUCAAGAGCAGCAGAUCGCCGAAAGAACCGCUGUACAUUGGCUCUAUCAAGGCCAACAUUGGUCACUUGGAAGGCGGGAGUGGUCUUGCCGCUAUCCUCAAAUCCAUCAUGAUCCUUGAAAAAGGUAUCAUCCCGAAAGCCGCGUCGUUUGAGAAACUGAACCCCAAGAUCAAGGCCAAGUUUUAUCACCUGGAGGUAUCCACUGAAUGCAUCCCCUGGCCAUCUGCAGGCCUGCGGCGAAUCUCAGUCGAUUCAUUCGGAUUCGGCGGUGCCAAUGCCCACGUCAUUCUCGAUGAUGCUUACCACACCAUCGAGGCCCUUUCGGUCAAGGGCUUCCAUCACACCUUGGCUGCCCCUGGCCUGAUCAACGGCGCGAACGGAACCAAUGGAGUCAAUGGAUCCAACGGCGUCAACGGCCACUCAGCCAACGGAGAAACGAAGUCGAGCCAAGCGUACCAAUUAAUGACGUGGUCCGCUCGAGACGAAGCCGCUCUGAAACGAAUCUUGGGCCAAUACGACGACUUCAUCAAGACUUCCAGCUCCGCACAUGGCAAUGCCAACUUCUUAGGCGAUAUGGCGUUUACCCUUGCGACGCGUCGUUCUCUCAUGGCUUGGAGAGCGUUCUCAAUCGUGAACGGUCUAGAGAAGAUCGAUCUUCCCGCUGCAAAAUGCGAGCGUGCGGCUCGUGAUGUGGGACUUGGUUUCGUCUUCACUGGCCAAGGUGCGCAGUACGCCAAUAUGGGAUUGGGAUUGCUUCACUACCCCGUCUUCAAGGAUACGCUGGUGGAGGUGGAUGCCGUGUUCAAGAGUUUGGGAGCCGAAUGGUCGCUGUUCGACGCUCUCAAAGACGGCACUUCCAUUGACAGACCCGAGUUCAGUCAGCCUCUGUGCACUGCGAUCCAGAUUGCUUUGGUCAGAUUGUUGGAGACUUUCAACAUAUUCCCCGAUGUUAUUGUCGGACACUCUUCUGGCGAGAUCGCUGCGGCAUACACUGUUGGUGCCUUUUCGCUUCGCUGCGCCUGCGCCGCUGCCUACCACCGAGGUCGUCUUGCUGGCCAGAUAGCAAAGGUAUCCAAGAUGCAACCUGGAGCCAUGAUGUCUGUGAAUCUUUCAGAAGCGGACGCCGAGGCCUAUUUGAAGAAAGCGACGCUUCCUGGACCCGUCUCUGUUGCGUGCAUCAACAGUCCGAACAACGUUACGCUAUCAGGCGACGAGAAUGCCAUUGAUCAGUUGCAAGUAGAUCUUGAGAAAGAUUCCAUAUUUGCGAGGAAGAUCAAGACGGGCGUCGCGUAUCACUCGCCUGCCAUGUAUCAUGCCGCCGACGACUACCUAGCCAGUCUAGAUCAUCUCGAGUCACGAGAGCUACCCAGCGGCUACAACCCUAUCAUGAUCUCCUCCGUCACCAGUCAGAAGGUUGCGAAUAGCAACUUGUUGGACCCACAGUACUGGGUUAACAACAUGGUGUCGCCUGUACGAUUCGCCGACGCAGUGCAGUACAUUGUCCAAUCGGCGCCAAAGGUAGAUGGCCUCAAACCCAUCACCAACUUUAUUGAAAUUGGUCCCCACGCCGCACUGCAGCGACCUGUACGUGACACCUUGACGCACGCGGGAAACACCACGGCGCGAUACGGUUCCGCUUUGCUGAGGCAAGACGCCCCAGCUAAGAGCAUCCUUCAGGUGGUUGGACAGCUGUACGCCUCGGGCUAUCGUGUUUCAAUCACUGCAGCCAACCAACAGGAUGGCCCCGAUGCAAAUGUCAAGCCUGUAGUGGACACGCCAGACUACCCCUUUGAUACAACACUCACAUACUGGCACGAGCCCAGACUCAGUCAUGACUGGCGUCUUCGUGAAGAGCCUACACAGAGUCUGUUGGGCUUCCGGGCAAACGACUGGAAUCCGCUGAAACCGCGAUGGCGGAGAAUGCUGAAUACCGAGGAUGUCCCUUGGGUCGCGGAUCAUGUCAUUGGCAACAGCAUCAUUUUCCCUGGUGUUGGUUCUAUAGUCAUGGCCAUUGAAGCUGUGAGGCAGACAGCCGGCGCAGACAAGGCUAUCCGAGGCUACCACCUGAAGGAGACUAUCUUCACGAGUCCCAUUGUCGUCACCCCUGGACAAACGACAGAGGUCAUGACACAUCUCCACCCACUGCAGCAGUCGUGGGAGAAAACCUCGACGCGAUUCGAGGUGGAAAUUUUCUCCUAUGCGGAGAACUACUGGAGAGCUUGCAACAGACACAUCAUUCACGUCGAGUUUGAACAAGAAGUCAAGACUGAAGUCGAUGGGGGACAAGAGGUCCAGCGCCUCACCUCUUCCUUGGCCCGCAACUACGAAGAGACAAAGACCAAGGCCAACGUGAAAAUCGCCACCUCUGAUUUCUACGGCGGACUGGAAAAUAUCGCUUUCCAGUACGGACCUACUUUCUCUUUGACGGACGAGAUUCACUGGGAUGGCGAACAUCUCGCCAUUGCCGAAGUUCACGUUGGAGAUCCAGUGAACUCGUAUGCCGAUGGUGUUGUUCACCCCGGUGUGCUCGACUCAUGCUUGCAGCUCUGCCUGAUCCCACCGUCUCAGAAGAUUGCGAAGAACAUCCCCACAUGUGUGCCGCACAAGAUCACGGGCGCUUACAUUGCGGCGAACGGGUGGAAGGAUGCGCCUGAAGACUUGGUCGAUGUCUUGACGGAGGCAAAGAUCAAAAGCACCGGCGCUGGCGUCGAUUGCGAAGUAGCCAUUAUGUCUAAAACGGGCGGUCUUCUCGCCUACUUCAAACGACUGGAAAUGCUGCCCAUCAUGUCGCGCGAAAUCGAUCUCGACGAUGGCGCAAAGAAGUUGUUGCACCACGUUGAGUGGAAGCCAUAUCUCUCGUUAAGCAGCCUACACCAGUCGCCGGGAGAUGCCAUGAUGACAUCAGUUGACGAGGAAGAUGCAGUUGCGAACGACAGGAUCGAGCUCGAGCAGAUCCUCAGAGCUGUAGCACAGCGCAGCAUAGGCAGUGUCAAGCCCGACGCUCUGGACCGCGCGCCAGCUCAUAUCAAGAAAUACAUCUCUUGGGUAGAGCGCCAACUUCAAGCGAAGCCAAGCGGGAAGGUCCCAUCGGGACGCGAUCUCACUACCAAGUUACAGAAACUUGGUGCCAAACACCCAUCGUGGAAAGUAUUCACAGAGGCCGCGCAGAGCUUCCCCUCCCUCCUUCAGGGAGAAUCGAAGAAGAAGCUCAAGCUGUCUCUGGCGUCUGACAUCUACCAAGACUACCUGGAUGAGUCUGUGACUGCAGUCUGCAACCAGGAGCUAGAGUCGUAUCUUGAAUUGUUGGCUCAUCAAAAGCCCACCCAGAAGGUCCUCGAGAUUGGCGCUGGUCGAGGCGCUCUCACGAGCUACGCGCUGUCGGUCUUCCAGAAAAUUGAAACUCGCACUGGGGGAAUAGCGUACUCCCAGUACACGUUUUCCGACACACAAACAGCGGCGCUCGAUGAGGCCAAAGAGAAAUUCGCCGAGCAUCAUAACCGCAUGGACUUCACCGCUCUCGACAUCAACAAAGACCUCACUGCGCAAGGCGUGCAGGCUGCUAGCUACGAUGUCAUCUUCGCAGCAGGUGCUUUGCGGAGUGCGACAGAUAUCAGCGCCGCGCUCAAGAACGUCGGAAAAGUGCUGGUGCCAGGUGGCCAACUCGUGCUCCACGAGAUGACGGUCCCCAACCGCUUCGAGAUCGGGUUUGGUUUCGGCGCCACUGCGGACUGGUGGAGUGGAAAGGACGAUAGCGACAGUGAUCGCAUCAUGAAUCCUUCCCAAUGGAACGACGCUUUGAAGAACAACGGUUUCUCAGGAACCGAGCUUGUCAUAAAAGACUCUCAUAACGAUGCUUUGCAUUGCUCGAGCCUCAUGGUAUCGAGAGAAGCGGCGGCGGCUCAGACAAGCGCAGAUACUAGCGUUGUGAUUGUGGUCAAUGACAACGACGCCUUCCAGAAGUCGCUUGCGGAGAGCUUGGUGAACAACACUACCUGGAGUUCCCGCGUGCUUACUCUCACUGAGGUUUCGGCUGAAAAGCUUGAGACGGACAAUUACGUGGUUUGUCUUGCGGACGUUUACCGGCCAUUCCUCUACCCCAUGACACAGCAAACGCUCGACACAGUCCGAAACUGGGCGAACCAAUGCAAAAAUUUGUUCUGGGUCACUGCGUACGAUCCGAACAGCACGGCGCUCGAAUCUUCGUCUCCCUACGCGGGCGUCAAGGACGGUUUCCUCCGCGUCCUACGAGCCGAGUUCGCGCUCAACCGCAUCGUGUCUCUCACGCUCGGUGAAAACACUCGCGACGUCACAGCCGCUGCCAAAUACAUCUUCGACGUCUUCCAAUCGGCCUUCAUUCGCGAUCCCACUGCCGAUGUAGAGUACAAGGUCCAGGACGGCGAGGUGCUGACCGCUCGUUUGGUCGAAGACACUGUCACCAACCAAGCCCUCACAUCCUCUGUAGUCCCACAAGCCAUCACCGAGCCAUGGCUACCAGGCCCCCCGCUCAGGCUGGGCAUUCGAACCCGUGGACAGCUCGAGACGCUGCAAUUCCAAGAAGAUCUCGCGUACUAUGAGGAUCUCGGCCCGCAAGACGUCGAGAUCGAAGCUAAAGUAUGGGGUCUUGGUUUCCGCGACGUCUUCAUGGCGCUCGGUCGCUUGGAAGAGGAUGACUUCGGCAUCGACUGCGCGGGUAUAGUCACGCGCGUCGGUUCCGAAGUGACGACAAUCGCAGUCGGCGACCGUGUCUGCGCACAGGAAUUCGACUGCAUGAAGACGUAUGUCCGAUCGCGCGAAUGGUCCACGCAGAAGAUUCCCGACUCUACUACAUUUGAAGACGCAUGUGCUAUCAUCAUGCCUGGUAUGACGGCGAUCCAGUCGCUGAUCGAGGUCGCGCGUCUGCAGAAGGGCGAGAAGGUGCUGAUUCAUUCCGCAUCUGGUGGUACUGGGCAAUUCGCUCUUCAAAUUGCGCAGAUGAUUGGCGCAGAGGUGUUCGCGACUGUUGGGUACGACAGCAAGAAGCAGCUCCUCAUGGACGAAUUCGGUAUUCCUGAGGAUCAUAUCUUCUACAGCAGAGACACUAGCUUUGCCCAGGGCAUCAUGAGAGUCACAGAUGGAUAUGGUGUGGAUGUCGUUCUCAACUCCUUGGUCGGCGAGUCUCUGCGCGCGUCCUGGGACUGCAUCGCCCCGUAUGGAAGGAUGAUUGAGAUUGGUAAAGCCGAGAUCAAUGCCAAUGCCGGACUUCCUAUGGCUAUGUUCGCCAAAAACACCAUGUUCGCUGGUGUCGAUCUCUACUACAUCAAAAACGACGUGAAGAGAAAGCAUAUCACAACCAUGCUUCUCCAGAAGUCGAUGGAUCUAGUCAGCAACGGAAGUGUCCGCGUACCAGGACCCCUUCACAUCUAUGGCUUGGAUUCCAUGGAAGACGCAUUCCGUUACCUAGCGAGCGGCAAAAACACAGGCCGUAUCCUGAUCAAAGUCGAUCCGUCAACGCCUGUCAAGAAGCCACAGAUCAACCGCAGAACAUGGACCUUUGACGCGAACGCUACCUACCUUGUUGCAGGAGGUCUCGGUGGUAUCGGCCGCUCGAUGCUUAAAUGGAUGGUCCAACGGGGAGCCAAACACCUCCUCGUCCCAUCCCGAUCCGGUCCCGCCUCCUCCGCAGCCUCCGACGUCGUGCGCGAGCUCUCCGAGCAAGGCGUCACCGUCUCGACUCCAAAAUGCGACGUUUCCUCCAAAGAAGCAACCGCGCACAUGCUCCAAGAAGCCAGCAAGACACUCCCUCCCAUCCAAGGCUGCAUAGUCGCCACCAUGGCUCUCAACGACUGCCUCUUCCAAAACAUGACCCUCCCCCAAUGGCAGCAAACCUCUCUCUCGAAAAUCGAAUCCUCCUACAACCUCCACACCCUCCUCCCGCAACUCUCCUUCUUCAUCAUGCUCUCGUCCGUCUCAGGCGUCGUCGGAAACCCCGGCCAAAGCAACUACGCCUCAGGCUGCACAUUCCAAGACGCGCUCGCGCAGCAGCGCAACGCGAGCGGCCAAAAGGCAAUCUCCAUCGACCUCGGCGUGAUGAAGAGCAUCGGCGUCGUCGCCGAGACCGAGAAACUGCAACAACGCUUCUCGAACGCGAAAGCGUUUAUGCAGAUCGAAGAAGAUGAGUUCUUCGGGUUGUUGGAGGUGUGCUGCGAUCCUGAGUUCCGGCCGCGCGGAAGCGCGUGUCAGAUGGUGAUGGGGCUGGAGACGCCGGCGAGUUUGAUGGCAAAGGGCGUCGAGGCGCCUGAGGUGCUGCAGCGGCCGCUUUUCGCGAGGUUCAGUCAGCGCGCGGAUGUGGCUGGUGGUGGGGACGGUGCGGAUGGGGAUGAUGCUGCGAGGUUGUUUAGGCUGGCUGAGUCGCUGCCUGAGAGGGCUAAGGUGGUUGUUGAGGCGCUUUCGAAGAGGUUGGCCAGGACGUUGAGUAUUAAGUUUGAAGAUGUGGACACGCAUCAGGCGCUCCAUGCUUAUGGUGUGGAUUCGCUGAUUGCAGUUGAGUUGAGGACGUGGCUUGGGAAGGAGUUUGCGGCUGAUGUCAGUGUGUUUGAUAUUGUGAGUGGAAAGACUAUUGAGGCGGUUGGAGAGUUGGUGGCGAAGACCACUGGGGUGGAUAAGUAG